ACGCACAUCCGCCGUGUUAGUAUGGUUAUUCGCCCUACGGGAUGAUUGACAUAAGAAUUGCCAGCUGGAUUUUUGGGAGAAAUGCGUUUUACACUGGUUGAUCUUUAAAUACUACUCGUCUGCAUUUUUCUCCUCUGGUUGGGCCUACUAUUGUUGUAAUGCUCUUGAAGUAGACCUACAUAUAUAUUCUGAACAACAUCGCUUCUGAAAACAGCAGCAGACAAGACAUGGAUGUAGAGAAUGGAGAGCUGUUUUUCAGACACAAGGAGGACAGUAUGACAGAGGAGAGUUGGGGACUGGAAGAGCCAUUUUCUUGCUCUGAUGUCAUCUAUGCUGGCUCUGAAAAAACCCUGGAUGAAUGCACGGUAGACCCCCAAAGUGGUCUAAACGACAGCGAGCCAGAGGAUGUGCUUUAUGCCAUCAACCCAAAUGAUGUCUUCCCUACCAGAGCCCCAGUGGAGACCUCCUCAGAGAGCGACAGUGGCAUCUCUGAGGAACCUUGCUCCGAGAGCCCUCUAGCUGCCACGGUGGACCCCUCUCAGGCCCCCACAACUAUCUAUCAGGUGGUCUAUGACAUCAGCACCCUGGCCAACAUCAAGACGGAGCCAGAGCAGCAUAGUGUCGAUGUCAUUUCCAUAGAACUCGGUGUGUGUGUGUUUAUGUAUGUAUGUGUACGCUUGCGCACGUGCAUAUGUGUGUGUGUGUGUGUGAGUCCAUGUGUGUUGGGUGGGAGUUUACUCUCUUUUCCUAUGUCAGAUGAGUGGCGUUCUCAGAUGUUGAUCUCGGAGUCCUGUAUUGUCAACGAGUUACCUCAAGUAUCCGCUGGGAGAUUUGACCAUGGUCACCUUUCUACCCACUCUGCUUCCACCUCAGGCCCCACCAGUCCAGACAGCCCACUGCUUUACCCUGAUCUCACGCUGACUGAGGAGGAGCAGAAACUGCUGAACCAAGAGGGGAUCUCUCUGCCCAACAACCUGCCCCUUACCAAGGCUGAGGAACGGAUUCUGAAAAAAGUGAGACGCAAAAUACGCAACAAACAGUCAGCCCAAGACAGCCGUCGCAGGAAGAAGGACUAUGUGGAUGGGCUUGAGAGCAGGGCAGUGGCUUGCUCAGCGCAAAACAAAGAGCUGCAGAGGACCGUGGAACAGCUGGAGAAACACAACAUGUCUCUCCUGGCUCAGCUGCGCAGACUACAGUCGCUGAUCAAGCAGACGGUCACUAAAGCAGCACAGACCAGCACCUGCGUCAUGAUUAUCCUCUUCUCUCUGGGCCUCAUCAUCUUCCCAAGUUACAGCCCCUUCCACUGGGGCGCCUCAUCCAUAGAAGAGGACUAUACACCAAAAGGGGUUAUCUCCAGAAACAUCCUCACAGAUCCUGCUUCAUCCUUGCAAGCUGCUGAGGAUGUGGAUAACCAUAUCAUUCAGCCAGAUUCCCUACCCGUUUCCCGUGACCUCAGUCAAUCAGAUCCCCCGGAUGCUUCCAGAAUACUAAAGCAACCAAUAGAAAGUCUCGAAAUCACUGACAUUGAGGGUGUUGCCCUGGAGGAGAGCCAACCAGGGAACAGCUCGACUCUGGUUGACGGGCAGACUGAACCUCUGGGCCUGGUGUCAGCAACAGGAAAAGGGAGCACAAGCCUUGAUCCCACCAAACCAGCCCACGCUGAUGAGAUGUAGACAGUGUUGAUGAACUAGUUUGACUGCAUUCCAUUUGCUUUAUAGAGCUCUUCAAAGCUCCUUGCCUUCAUUAUGGACAAUGGGAGGAAUAUGCUGGGGCAGUCCAAUAUGCUGCCCUAUUACCACAUUGGUUUUCAACCAGACCCCUUUGGGUGCCUUCAAUGCCUAACCAUUGCCUUACUCUUUUUUGGUGCUGUGGUGCAAACAAGGUUUAAUCUGGGAUUCGGUGGAAUGGUCUUCAAAAUGGGUUAAACAUUUUUGACUUUUCUAUUUAAGUACCACUUCUUAAUGUUUGUAUGGAAAAGGUUUCUAACUUUGAACUCCGAGGAGUUAGUACAUCCUGUGGGAAGGAUGAAGGUUGUUCGAUUGUAGCUGGAAAAACACCACAGAUAUGAAUAUAUUGUUUUGGCUAUGCAUUCUUUAAGCAAGUCUUAGUGUACACCACACACACACUCCUUGAAAGUGAGCCUACACCGAUGGAUUAUGUUUUGGACUAACUACCUUACUCGUGUGUACAUUAACAUGUUUGUGAAACUGCCUAGCUAGUUUCUGACUGGCAUCUGUGCUCAAUGUAGUUUGCAGCUCCCAUAACUGAAUGCUGAGAGACUCAUUUUGCACUGUAAGCAAACUGUCAUAUCUUUUGCGUGUACUUAAAAAUGUCCUUUGGCCCUCAUUCGGUUAAGAGAUAAACAGUGUGUACAAUCCAAACAUAUCCUUAUCUUAAGCAUGACAUUGUGGUCCAAAUGUAUACUCUUCACAAAACUUGCUAUCCUAAUUUUAGUGGUUGCUGGUGUCCUAUUUUAUGUGCUUGACUUUAUUUAUUAAAUGGGAACAAUACUG